CUCAGCAUGGCAUACUAGGCAGCUCCAUGUGACUUUUAUUUCUCUUCUUCACAAGACCUGUACAAAUUUCUUUGUUCUUUGAGCAGUGCACAUAGAUUUCUUCUAUUCCAAUUAUAGAUGUUCUAUAAUUCAUAAUAACUCGGCAUGAUUGAUUUUCACCCAUUACCCCACUCCUUCAGUUACCUUAUGAUUAUGUUAUACAAUUCUAUCAUGUUUCUGAAUUUAUCUCAUGAUUAUGUUUUACAAUUCUAUCAUGUUUCUGAAUUUGCCUUCUGGUUUAUGUCUAGCUAUACGCUACAAAGAACUUGUAAGUCCUUGCGAAAAACUUGUAUUACUAUUUAGCAUUCCUCACUAUGGGACAGAUUUUGUGGUGGUUGGCACGUGGGAUACUCAUCCUGAUAUUUUUUAUCUUGUAUUGUUUCUGAUCUCAUAAGCUUAUUCUUACAAAACUGUUUUGCAGAUCACAAGGUAAAUCCUUUUCUGAAACUAAACGGGAUGUUCUUGAUAAGUCGAGGCUUGCGCACACUGUCUUGGAUGUAUCCUUUGGAAUGUUCUGAAUUUUUGCCGGAUACUGAUGUAACCCGGGGGGUGGUUCUUUGCUGGAAAGUUGAAACUUCUUUUUCCUUCAACUUCCUCAAUAUACUCUACACAAAAGAUGGAUCAAGUUCUUUCUGGUUGGAGAGUGAGCAGUAAUUCUACAUAAGAUGACUUUUCUAGAGUGGAUUUAGUAGAAUUUUCUCUUUGUUAAAUAGAUUAUUUACUCAGUAGGUUUGCUUAUAGGUGAGGAGGUGGGUUUUAACCCCAUGAUGAUGGUGCAUUUUUGACACUUGGGUCUCAUCAUUACUAUCAUCUCAUUCUUUUAUCUUUAAUGUCCACUUCCUUUGCCUUCAUUUAUGUUGUAACAAUUGUUUAUUUCAAGUAGCUCUUUAGAAUCAUGCCUUCUAGUAGUAGAGAAGCCAGUGGAUUAUGAUUUCUUUUGCUCAUCAUCUCCUAGAAACUGCCUCCUUGUUCCUCCUCCUACUAACCUCAAAUAUAUUGGAAUUCCCCAUUGUCUUCACUUUUAAAAGUUAAAUAUGUAUUACUUUAGCUUCAUUUUCCAAUCACUUGUAAAUUUCUGAUAUUUUGACUGAUAUUAUUAUUCAUGCCUCCAUCAUAUUUUGAUUGAAUUAUGGAGAGAGAGAUUAAAAGCUGAAGUGAGAAGGAAGAAUACUAGGGCAGCUGCCAGCUAUGAGCGGCGGCAAAUACAUUCAUGCAGGCCCCAUAGGACCAUUGGGAAGUAAAGACAGCUUCAAAUUUUCAUUUUUCAUGGCUGCCAUUACUUCCACCUGCAGUAGCUUCUUCUCGAUCAGAUCAAAUUCUAUGGAGCCAAGACUAAGAACUUCUUCAUCAAGCCAUGGCUCUCCAGCAUGUGGGAAGCUUGAUGGGGUGGCAACUUGGCUCAUCAAUGGCUUUGUCACAGCUUUCUUUGGAUCGUUGGAACGAUGCUCUUGUAUUCGUAUUGCCACUGCUGAGGACGAUGGCGAUGAGGCGAACGACGUCCCCUUGAUUCCAAACGAUGGAAACCUUCGGCAGGACGGCACUGCUGCUGGCCGGAGGAGGGCUGGGAAAGGCAAGAAGUAAGUGAAAUCCAAUGAGCUGCUUCUGAUGUUGUAUAAUCCAAAUCAAAAAGCUCCUAUUUUUCUUUGGUAAGUGAUAUAAAGGAGCUUCUGAAUCUGAGAUAUUUACUGCCUUUUUCUUUUCUUUAGUUUUGUGGUGAUGAAAUCAACCAAACUACUUAUAUAUUGUUCAGUGCUUUUAGAAUUGAAAUUAAGAACUAAAAUAAGUUGCUUCAGUUCAA